UGGUUGCUAGGCAACCCGAGUCAGGUGACUGUCUGCAGACAGAACAUGGCUGACCUGUCAGAAGACCAAUGAGGGAAAGGCCAAAUUUAGCAUAAUCGAUCGCUUGUGUCGCCUCUUUUCCCCGCACGUUCGAAAGCCGGUGGACGUUCCAUUGCCUGGCGUUACUAAGAUGAACGGGAUGCCAGAUGGGAUGGCAAACGGUCCGGACGGGAAUGAACACAGUGAGAAAGAUGCUCAGAUUUGGGAGAGACCGUGGACUCUGGAAGAAAUGAGGCAGAGCAGCGUCAACUGGUCUUUAGCUGCUGAUUCAGGGCUUUUCUUGUUCCUCCAAGACUUUUCUCAAAGAAUGUUGUCCAAAACACAUGAGAUUGAAAAGCAGCUGGACAGUUUGAUCCGAGACACCAAGGCCACAGACAGCAGUUUGCACUCGGUCUUCAAUGACUUCCUCAUGCUCUCCAACACACAGUUCAUCGAAAAUAGAGUGUACGAUGACGAGGUAGAGGAGCCCGUUUUGAAGGCUGAUGCUGUGGAGAAGCAGCCUGAUCAGAAAACACGCGAGCAGAAAGAAGCCGAGCUGAUCCCCAAGAUGCAAGAAGCUGUGAAUUACGGGUUAAAGGUGCUGGAGUCGGCCUUUGAGCACCUGGACAUCAAAGCGGGAAACUCUGACUCCGAGGACGAGGAGGCUAACGACAGAGGCGAGGCAAUACUGGAGGCCAAGGAUCUUUACGUGGAUAGACCUCUUCCUUUACUGAUUGGCUCCCAGGCUUUCAUGGAGCAGGACGACGUUGGCCUUGGUGACCUGUCUAGUGAUGAUAUGUCAGUGGACAGCCAGAGAGACAGUGUCAUUGAAAGCGAUGAUGGCAAAGAUGCAGAUAAUUCAGAUGAUGACUUCAUGCAGGAGGCGGAUGAUGGCCGCAUUAGUAUCAAUAAGAAGUCAUCUACGUUGAGUUAUGAGGAGGACGAAGACGACGAUGAAGACUCGGAUAUAUUCGGGGAGUCAGACAAGGAUGAUGAUGAUGCAAAGAGCACCGGGCCGUCAUCCUUUGCCGACGAGCUGGCCGCCAGGAUUAAAGGGGAACUGGUUAGCAAACCAACAGGAGAUCGAGCCUCAUUAUCAUCAAAGAAGAAAGGUAAAGGCACAAAAGAGUCAAAGCCUGCAAACUCACAUGCAGCAGCUGAAGAGGACAGCGACGACAUGUUUAAACCUCCGAAGAUGGACGACGACGACUUCUCCCCGUUUGGAGGGAAAAGUGGUCUCUUCAGUGGGGGGAGAGGCCUCUUUGAUGAUGACGAUGAGGGUGAUUUGUUCUCUGAGGCACCAAAACCUAAAUCUGUGUCCAAAGAAGACACGUCUGUGAAUAAAAACACCAGAAGCACCACUCCUGCUGCAGAAUCUGACAAACCUGGCAAGAAAAUCCCCCCCGGUGCUGUCUCAAUAUUUCCAGAUAGCAACCGUUUUAAUACAGUGGCUGACUUGAGGGAGAAUAGAGAAAAUGGAGCUCCAACAACUAAGACCCACGUUACCUCCAAACCGAGCCCCAUCGCAUCUGGAGGUAUAGAAGGGCUGUUUGAUGAAGACGAUGACGACGACUUCUUUAGCGGAAGAAGCCUGAAAAGUUCUUCAGAUGCUGCACAGGAAAAACCCAACCCCCCAAAAGCCGUUGACCUUUUUGAUGAAGACGACGAAGAUGGUGACAUAUUUAGUGAGAAGUACAGCGUCUCAACUCCAGCUCAAAAUAAGAAGGUGGAAGAGACUGUCAAGCCGCCUGAAAAGAAGAUGCCUGCAGGGGCCAUCUCUAUGUUUGGUCCUGGGACUAAAAGCUUACUCAGUGAGGGCCUGAAGAGGCGUCAGCCGUCCAUCCCCAGUGAGGAGUCUGAAAAAUCAGAAAAGAACGGGCUUGUUCCAGAUGUUGUAACAACUGCUGACCAGACCCAGAAAUCCUUGACAAGUAGCCUCUUUUCUGAUGACGAAGACACACAAGUAUUUCCAACUAUCCCCAAGAGUCAGUCCAAUCCUGAAACGACAAGCCAGGGCAUACUUAGCAAGCAUCAUGUGUCGUUAUUUGAUGAUGAUGAAGAGGAUCUCUUCGCAUCGGCAUCAAAGUCUAGCGCAGCUAAAAUCACCACACCACAGCCCAGUAAAGCUAUCUCCAGCUCACUCUUUAGUGAUGAUGAGGACCAGUGGCUAAAUCCCAAAGUCAGUGUCGCCAAGCAAGAGAAUAAGACGAGAGGAAUGAAACCAAGUGCCAGCGCCCCUUCCAACCUCCCCAGUGUCACAAUGUUGCAGAAAAGCAGCCUGUUUGAUGAGGAUGACGACGACCUGUUUGCUCCAGCAAAAGAAUCAAGUCAGAAGAAACCCCAGAAGGUUUCUCUCUUGUUUGAGGAUGAAGAUGAUGAUAGCGGGUCCUUGUUUGGCAUCAAACCAGAUGACAACACAAAUAAACCAACAAAACCCAAAUCACAAGAAGAUUCAGAUGAAAGGAAGGUGCCAGAAAAGCCAUCAGUGCCAGAAAAGCCAUCAGUGCCAGAAAAGCCGCCUGUGCCAGAGAAAGCAGCAGUAAAGCCUACUGAGACACUGCUGUCAUCACUUGAGGGUGGUGAAAGUAAAAAGAAGCCUGUUGGAGCCGUCAGUUUGUUUGGGGGCAUUGACGUUUUUGCCAACAAGCAGACAAAGAUCAUUUUGGAUGACGACUACGACGACAAUGUCCCGCCACCAAUCAUCAAAACGCAGGAGAAAGUAAAAUCUUUAAGUCUGUUUGAUGAUGAUGAAGAGGAGGAUGAGCUUGCUCCAAUUGUCCCCCACAGCAAACCUACAACCAGAGACCCUCCAAAGCCUGUUGAGGAGCAACCACAGGCGAAAAGCACGGGUGUGUUCCUGGAUGAGGAGUUGUUGUUUAGUUCCACGCAGCAGAAGGACAAUGAUCCAGAUGUUGACCUCUUUGCCCCCUCAGAGAGAACGACAAGCGCCAAGCUCAGCUCGGUGAAGCCGGCGACACCAAGUCUGUUCUCAGAGGACGAGGAGGAUGACCUCUUCAGCUCCAACAAGCCCAAAACUCUUCCGCCGAAAGUAGCAGAGAAACCUAGUAUGUCUAACGACAGAGCACCGCUAAGCCAUCCAGAACCAGAACCAGUGUCAGAGAUUCAGAAACCUGUACCAUGUCCUGCAAAACCUAAAGAGCCGUCAUCAAGGAUUGGCAAACUUCAAGCAAGUUUGAAGAUCAACCCAUCAGUGUUGCUCCCUGGUUUGGCCCCAAGUAUGCCUGGGGCUGUGAGUGUACUCCCUGGUCUGGAUCCUAAUUCAUCUUCUGGGGUAUCCAGCUCCAGCCUGAGCCCCAGCCCAGCUACGACUCCUAUUGGAAGCCAGGCUAACAUUGAGGGGGGAGUGAGCUUCGACACGCCACAGCAGGCUUCCACUUUGCAGAGUGCACACAAGAGUCGCGUCAAAGGCUCUAUACGUCGAAGACCUCCGUCUAGAGCGGCAAGGCAGCAAGCGUUUGAAAGAUCUGUAGAGGAGCAAGAAGUGAUCCCUGGUGGACACAUUCCUGAGUCUUCUCCAGAUGACUCAAGCCGGACUCCUGUUUCUGAGGUUGCAGCACUAAUCACGUCCUUGCCUGACUCUCUACCUCCUCAACCGCCUCCCACUGAAAUACCCACCAAGCCCUCUGUACCGACGCUGCCUCUGUCCCCAAGUGCCACAAAGCAGGACUCUAGUAAGGACCACAACCAAGGGAAGGAAUCGCCUCCCCUUGAGGAGGAUGACCUUUUUGGUUCCGACAGCCUCUUUGGCUCCAUCACAAACACCCCUAUCACCAAACCCACCACAAAGGAGGUCCAGCAUCCGGCAGGCACAGGCGAAAGAGUGAAGAAAGAUAAAAGCAACCUUCCAUCUAUUUUUGAUGAGAACAAGAACAGCGAUGACCUCUUCCAAAAGGUUAAGUCGUCAUCAAAGACAGUCAAGGCCUCAUCCUCUUUACAAGACGACGACGAGGACAUCUUUGGAGUAAUCUCACCAACGCCCCCAUCCUACAGUAGUAGCAUCCCAAAGAGCAGCAAUAGUUUUUCAAAGCAGGACAUUUUUGAGGACGACAACAUAACCACUUUGCCAAAAGUCCACGAUAAGGAUAAGGAGAAAGACAAGCCCGUCGAUUUCAGCCUGUUUGACGACGACGUGGACAUCUUUGCCGACCCGACAGACAUUUUUACACCGAAACAGAAGACGAAGACAAAGGGAGCGACUGAGUCCAUAUUUGACGACGAAAUGGAUGACAUCUUUUCGCCAAGCACAGUCAAACCUGCCGCUAAGGCGACUCCGAAAUUAAAAAAUCCGCCCCCUUCCCAGGAGAGCAGCACGGCAACGGCGGACUCAAGCAACAUAUUUGAUGAUCCACUGAAUGCUCUCGGUAGGAAUUGAACUAUUUUGAUGAGCUUUAUAUUGUAAAUCAACUCUUUUGAACAUGUAGAGAUCGGACAAACUGUUAACGGAGCUAUUUAUUCAUAUCAAUGCGAUCAUUUUGUGUACUGCAAAUAAAUCAUGUCAUUGCGUCAAACCCCAUUAUGUAACAAUUAAUUAAAUACUGUUAAUGGUUAUUAUACGUGAUAGCACUUUAUAAGCAUAACCAUGUGCUUAGCCUCAAAGCCUGGGAGAAAUUAACAGUAGAUUGUUUUUGAAUGUUUGUUUGGCUUUGCCAUGUUGAGAUUCUAUAGGUUUUGUGCCCAUGCCAUGUUUAUAUCAAUCAGUGUUCUUUUUUUCCCACUGUCUUAAGCUUUUUGACCAUGUUUUUAUCAACAAGAAGCUCAAGCAUUUCUUAACUUUUGCUGUGAUAAAAGGAAAUGUCAUUUUUAUUAAUAACUAAAAGGAAACAUAUUUUAUACUA